AGAUGGAAAUCAUAUGGUAUAGAGUGUUUGGGUGACAUCUGCUUAACAGAUCUUCAAGAAACUGAAGACAGAAGUACCUAAUGCACUUGAGACAGAAGUAAAGUUGGGGGGAGGGGGGAAAACAGCAACUGCUUUCCUGAUCUGCAAUUUGGCAGGACACUAAAAUGUCUGUGGACAUGAAUAGCCAGGGAUCUGACAGCAAUGAAGAGGACUAUGAUCCAAAUUGUGAGGAGGAAGACGAGGAAGAGGAUGAGGACCCUGGGGAUAUAGAGGAUUAUUAUGAGGGGGUAGCAAAUGAUGUCGAACAACAGGGAGCAGAUGCCUUUGAUCCAGAGGAAUACCAGUUUACCUGCCUGACGUACAAGGAGUCAGAGGGCACCCUGAACGAGCACAUGGCCAAUUUGGCCUCUAUGUUAAAGGCCAUUGAUGCUCACUGCCAUCAGAUGUUUCAUCACUAUGACAUGGGUGUCUCAUUCAGUGGCUAAACUUGUAUUAGUUAAUUUCCACUGGCAAGUCUCAGAGAUACUGGAAAGACACAAGUCCAAUUCUGCUCAGCUGUUAGUUGAGGCCCGAGUUCAGCCCAGUCCAUCGAAACAUGUGAGUACA